AUGACUGCAGAGGAGGCAGUUCUGUGGAAGCUUACAGGGCUGUGUGUUGACUCCCUUCAUGAUCUGGAGUAUGCCGCAAGACUUGUGGCUGGUCUGGAUCUUGCGCUGGCAAGGGCGAAAUACACAAGCUGGGUGGAUGGCACCCUGCCUGAGUUUGUUUCCAUGCAGCCAACAUCAAGGUCAGAUGGGCAUGAGGAAGGGCAUGGCGUUCAGGGGACGUUGAUGGACAAGGGCCAAGCAUUGACCAAUGGAGCAGCUGAAAACAGCAGCUCUGAUGGCUUUUUGGUUCGACUUGAGAGGUUUAGACACCCUCUUCUGCUGGGGGAAUUCUUGUUGCACAGGAAAAAAGUCCUGAGGCGCGAGAGAAUGCCAGGAGAGCUCUUUGAGGAGGAUGACAUCUUGCGUCCCCCUGUCGCUGUUGAUGUUCGCUUCAGACCGCAGACAAAGGCCGUAGUGAUUACUGGCAGUAACACUGGUGGGAAAACUUGCAGCAUUAAGGGCGUUGGAUUGGCUGCUCUCAUGGCUCGAGCAGGCCUUGGCAUCCCUGCUGAGCCCCCGGUGCUGCUGCCUUGCUAUAGUGCAGUGCUUGCAGAUAUAGGCGAUGAGCAGAGUCUGACUUCCAGCUUGUCGACGUUCAGCGGUCACCUUGCUCGAAUCCAAGCAUUGAGAAAAGAAGCAGACGGGAAUUGCCUUGUUCUGCUGGACGAAGUGGGAACAGGGACAGAUGCUGAAGAGGGUGCUGCAUUAGGUGCUGCACUUCUCAUGGAGCUGGUUAAAGGCGGGCAAGGGGGCGCUCUCACUGUGCUGGCAACCACUCACCAUGCCGUUCUCACCACCCUUGCCUACAGAGACCCCCUGUCAAGAUUCGAAAAUGCAUCUGUGGAGUUUGAUGAAGAACGUCUUGUGCCCACGUAUCGGUUGCUCUGGGGUAUUCCAGGUCGGAGCAAUGCUCUGGAGAUUGGGGCGAGGUUGGGCAUGCCCCAUGAGAUUGUUGAAGCAGCAAAAGCAAGGCUUGGGGAUGGCGAAACUGGCAUCAGUGCAGUCAUCAAGCAACUGGAGGUGGUUGAGAGGCAGCGACGACAGGGCCGCGAUGAGCUACGCAAGUUUGAUUUGCAAGUGGCGAAGCUGAAGCAGGACAGAGAUCGCUUGAGUUACAAGGUUUCCGGCUUGCAGCAACAAGAACAUGCUGCAAAAAGACGGAUGUAUUCUUCUAUUCUUUCCGAAGCAAGGACGAAGCUUCGUCAGAUUAGGAGGGAGCAGCAGCUUAAGAGCCAACUCCCCGCUAGCAAGAGAAAUGUAGGCGCAACGUCCACUGCACGGCGGGAGCAAAAACAAACGCAAUCAGCUGCCAGAAUGAAAGAGCAGCAAGCUGCCAAAAGUCGAGAAGAUCUAGACGCGGAGACGGAAUGGGACCCUCGUGUUGGAGACGUUGUGUAUGUCCCCAAGCUUGGUAGCAAUGCCAGAAUUGUGGGCACAGGGCCUGGCGAAAAGUUAGAAGUUCAGGCAGGGAGUUUCAUGCGGCUCACAGUGACGAAAGAUGCGAUCAGCAGAGCAAAGUAG